UGCUUCAAUCCUUUGCAACACUCGCUCAUCAUGUGGCUUAUCGACACUCAGACCCUCAAGCUCGUCGAGGUGCAAGGCGACCCUCAACGGCACAGCUAUGCCAUAUUGUCACAUACGUGGGGCGGCGAUGAAGUAACCUUCCAGAGCUUCAAAACUAUGAGCACAGCCUCAGAUGGAAUCAAGAGCCCGGAUGGGACCAAAGGCGGGUUGAAAAAGAUACGGGAUGCAGCCGGCCUGGCCAGAAGCCACGGAUACGGCUAUAUCUGGGCCGACACCUGCUGUAUCGAUAAGACAAGCAGCGCCGAGCUCUCGGAAUCCAUCAACUCCAUGUACCGCUGGUACCAAAAGGCGGCCGUGUGCUACGCCUAUCUAUCCGACGUAGUGGAUGCGGAAGACCCGUUUUUGGAGAAUUCGAGCUUCCGGCGCAGCCGUUGGUUCACGAGAGGAUGGACCUUGCAGGAGCUCAUCGCGCCCAAGACUGUCGAGUUCUACGCUUGCAACUGGUCUUACAUAGGCAGAAAAAGUUCCGAAAGCUCGUUAUGCGAGCUUGUUGCCAAGAUCACAGGGAUCCAUCUGCAGGUCCUCGUGGGCACAACUUCGUUGGCUGACGUCAGCGUUGCCAACAAGAUGCGCUGGGCCGCGCAACGGCAGACGACGAGACCAGAAGAUAUCGCGUACUGCAUGAUAGGUCUGUUCAAUGUCAACAUGCCUCUGCUCUACGGAGAAGGCGAGCGUUCUUUCAUUCGUCUACAGGAGGAAAUUCUCAAAGAGAUAGACGACCAGUCCUUAUUCCUAUGGGGGUUGUCGCCGGACGAAACCACUAAUUCGGACGACCUCUUUGGCCUCUUUGCCAAAUCGCCAAAGUCAUUCUCUCAAGUGGAAUUUGGCCAUGUACGGCCGCUUCCCCCUUCGGAAUCUCAUGAGAGCUCACCCGCAAGCGUCACCAAUCAAGGUCUGAGGACGAACAUGCUUUUGAUUCCAGUACGGCCCGAAACUGAUGAGUACUAUGCGGUACUUGACUGUCUCGUUUUAGAUUCUGCGUCCUAUGGCACGGACUUAAGCCCUCGUAUUAUCCUACGGCGGCUUUGGAGUGAUCAGUUCGCCCGGGUCAACUCAAAAGAAGGCUCGGUCAUCUUGCUUUCCCAAGAACAGCCUGAUGAAGCCGGGGGGUCCUACGAAAGCAUCUAUGUCAGGCAGAAGCCGUUUUACGCACUUCCAGAGAUCAGAGUCAGGAGUAAAUACCCAACAACGGUGGGGUCAAAGGAUGAUGGACGCGUCCCAUUCUUCAUCAACGGUGCAUGCCCUCCUGAAAGAUGGGAUGCCACUUUAUCGCCACAGUCGGGCCGUACAAUCGCUGUGUUGCGGUUUGAGUCGAAUGAGCCUGGCUACGCUUCUAUAUUUAACAUGGCGAUCGGGCUUCGUCGGGUGAAGGGACGGUGGGAACACCCGCAUGCUGGAGACAGCCUCGAGUCUGUAUAUGUGAAAACCCCUUACAUUUCCGCCGGAUCCCAAGCGGCUUCCUACGAAGCGUCCAAGGAGCUUGGGUACAUCACCAUCGACACAACAGAGUACCAGCGCCGGGGCCGUCGCUUCGUUCUCCUAGAGGUUUCUUCAAGGUCUGAACUCAACAUCGAUGUCGGCGGGGAUUUGGCCCUGGCGAAGAAUCUCGUCCCACCAUUCGACGAAAUCGCGGCAGCCACGCGGCAGUGUUGUUACGAGGAGACGUUCUCGGACAUCCUGUCCCCUACCCGAGACGGAGUCAGGACCCGAUUCUCUGGAAAUAUUGCGACCCGUUUUGGCACCGAGAUCCAUACCCGGAACCGGCCCUACGCUGCGUUGCUGAACGCCAUCCGAGCGAGAGAUGACCGGACCGUCCAGAAUCUGGCAAAGAAAAACAAGACCAUCCUUGAGGUGGAAACAGAAGAGUUCGACAAGUUCCGCGCCGUUCACUGGGCUGCGACGUUCGGUUCCCAGCUUGGCGUCGACACUACCAGUCGAACCGCAAGCGGCUUCAUGGCAGUUCACCUCGCGGUUCUCAACGGACACUUCAACCUCGCUGCCUACAUGCUGGAAGAAGAAAGGGAAUUAAUAGGGGCAGCUUCGAGCAUGGUCGGAUUGCCAGGGGAGCCGGAUCCAACGUGGUCUGAAACCUCGGAGAACGCAGAUAUUUUUCACAAGUUCACCACCGCGAAGUUGGACACUAUACUGCACCUGUUAUCUGCCUAUAUCCCUUGGGGCUGGGCUAGUCAGAGAUUCCGACGGCUCAUCGAGCACAUCAAAGAUUACUCCUUCGGUUCCCAGUCUUUCCCGCAUAUCAACUGUCUGGGCGAGCUUCCCAUCCACCGAGCAGCUGCGACAGGGAGUGUACAGGCACUCGAAGCCCUGGUAAGCCUGACCGAUACGAGCCGCCAUAUCAAUGCCCGAGACGAUGCCGGACGGUCGGUCUUGUUCCAUGCUGCAUGCGGGGGCCACGUGGAACUAGUCAGCCUAGGUGCCAUGCUGGACGUUGGCGACGACUACGGCCGCAGCCCGCUGCACGCCGCUGUCAUGGCUGAUAAAGCGAACGCGGUAAAAACUUUGCUUGAAUUGGGUGCAGCGGCGAAUAACGUUACCCACGCACUCGGGUUGACACCUCUGCACUUCGCCUGUCUGUACGGGUCUUUGGGGUCAGCAGACGUGAACCGCUGGACAGCAGACGACUGGGUCUUGUUCCAACCGUUGCACCUCGCAGUCGCGAACGGGUUCUUACAGGCCGUCUCACAACUUCUUGAGGCCGGCUGCGACCGGUGUAAUGGGUACCUCUGGCUUACGACCGACGAUGCCGGCGGGGCAUACGUUGGAAGAUUGGUCAAGUUGGAGGAGCCGAAGACCCCUAUGGAACUCGCGCUCUCUUUAAAUCUCACAGACAUAGGUGCAGAGUUACGCCGAUUUCAGAAGGAGACACGAUGA